AUGGCGCCUCCAACGAUCCUUCGAAAGCGCAAAGCCGCGACCCGCGACGUGCCCGAAUCCUCAGAUGUGGAGUCGGAUGCCGAGUUUGGCGAUGGGCUGCUAGAGGGAAUUUUGUCACAGAGUGAGGAUUCUGAAAAUGAUAGUGCUGAGGAGGGGAGCGAAGAAGAGGAAGACGAAGAAGAAGACGAUGAGGAAUUGUCAGGCCUCGAUAGCGACGAAAUACCAUCUGAUGAGGACGAAGAGAUGGAUGAUGAGAAUGGAGGGUUGGUAAAGAACAAUGGGACGAAGGCAGACGAGAAAGAUUCGAACGUCGCGCAACCUGCCGCCGAGGAUGACGAGGAUAAACCAAAUUACAGGGUUACGACGGACGCCAAUGGGGGAGUGAGAUAUGAAUACGAUGAAAUAGACCCUGUCUAUGAUUCCGACGAUUCAGAUGCGCCUGUUACUACUAACACAAUCGGGAAUAUCCCGUUGUCGUUCUACGAUUCCUACCCCCACAUUGGAUAUGACAUCAAUGGCAAGAAGAUUAUGCGGCCUGCGAAGGGGGAGGCACUGGAUGCAUUGUUGGAUAGUAUAGAGGUGCCGAAGGGAUGGACUGGUCUUACGGACCCGGCCACAGGCAAGCCUCUCAACCUAAGCCAGGAGGAACUGGAGAUUCUGCGGAGGAUACAGGCAAAUGAAGUGCCUGAGGAGGGUUAUGACCCAUAUCCCGCUACGGUCGAGUAUUUCACGGGUAUUGAGGAGGUUAUGCCUUUGAGCGCUGCCCCUGAACCAAAACGACGUUUCCUUCCGUCGAAACAUGAAGCGAAGAGAGUAAUGAAGAUUGUCCGUGCCAUACGGGAAGGAAGGAUUUUGCCAUACCGACCUCCGGAAGAACGCGAGGAAGAGGAGGACGAGGAAGUCCACUAUGAUAUCUGGCAAGACGAGCAACCUCGGCCAGAGCAUGUCAUGAACAUUCCAGCACCGAAGAUGGCUCCACCAGGAUAUGAUCUGAGUUACAACCCGCCUCCUGAAUAUCUCCCAACCAAAGCCGAGAAACAAGCUUGGGAGUCGACCGACCCGGAAGACCGAGAGAAAGAAUACUUACCUACCGGAUACGAUUCGCUUCGAAAGGUUCCAGCGUAUGACAGAUUCAUUAAAGAAAGAUUUGAGCGGUCGCUGGAUUUGUACCUGGCACCACGAGUUCGGAAGAAUAGACUUAAUAUUGACCCGGCAUCUCUACUUCCAAAACUGCCACGACCUGAAGAGCUGAAGCCUUUCCCUACGGUUUGCUCUACUCUCUUCCGUGGUCAUGAAGGUCGGGUGCGAAGCUUAGCUCUUGAUCCUUCUGGAACUUGGCUGGCAAGUGGUGGUGAUGAUGGUACAGUGCGUGUUUGGGAAGCAUCAACUGGCAGACAAAUUUGGAGUGCGAAGAUUGGCGACGAAGAUGCGGUUGAUGCCGUUAGAUGGCGACCAGGAAGAGAGGCAGUAAUUCUAUCUGCAGCUGCCGGCGAAGACAUUUACCUCAUUGUCCCCCCUAUAAUGGACCCUGAGACUGAGACGAUCAGCCGAGAGUUGGUGGAUGCAGGAUUUGGAUACGCAACGAACGCAACUCAACCGCUCACAGCAAAUGGUCAACGGAAGGACCCGGUCGCGAAGUGGGCUCGUCCUGGAUCCCGUCUUGAGGACGAAGGCGUCCUGCUCAAGAUUACAGUGCGAACAACAGUCAAGGUCAUUAGCUGGCACCGACGUGGAGAUUUCUUCUCCACGGUUUCCCCGACCGCACAGAGAAGCGCUGUUGCUAUUCAUACUCUCUCGAAGCACCUCACACAAAUUCCUUUCCGCCGUCUUCCAGGUCUUCCUCAGACUGUCCAAUUCCACCCUUCACGCCCUCUCUUCUUUGUUGCUACUCAACGUACAAUCCGAAGCUACGACCUCCAGAAGCAAGAACUUGUCAAGAUCAUUCAACCCGGUGCUCGCUGGAUCUCUUCGUUCGAUAUCCAUCCCGGUGGAGACAAUCUGAUUGUCGGUUCUUAUGAUAGACGUCUAUUGUGGCAUGAUCUCGACCUUUCUACUCGACCCUACAAGACUAUGAGGUUCCAUCAGAAAGCUAUUCGAGCUGUGAAAUACCACAAAGGAGGCUUCCCACUUUUCGCAGAUGCUAGUGAUGAUGGUAGCUUGCAAAUCUUCCAUGGCAAGGUUGUCGGUGAUAUGAUGGAAAAUGCAACGAUUGUGCCAGUGAAGGUUCUCAAGGGUCAUAAGGUGAAGAACGCCUUGGGCGUUAUGGACAUUGAUUGGCAUCCAAGGGAGCCAUGGUGUGUUAGUGCUGGCGCAGAUGGGACUUGUCGUUUGUGGAUGUGA